CCGUCCCGUCUCGCUUACGUGGGCAACUCGGCGAGCAUGUUCUCGGGGCAGCAGCUAGCGGGGGUCCCGCGGCCGUGGACGCGGGCGGAGGACAAGCUCUUCGAGACGGCGCUGGUGGUGUACUCGGAGGGCACCCCGGACCGGUGGUCAGCCAUCGCGGAGCAGCUACCGGGGCGGAGCGCCGCCGAGGCGUGGGAGCGCUACCAGGCGCUGGUCCAUGACUGCGACAUGAUCGAGCGGGGGAUGGUGGAGCUCCCCGAGUGCUGGGGCGAGUACGAAGACGGCGGGGAUCUCGACGGCUCGGACGGCGGGGCGGAAGGCAACCAGCAGACCGCCAGGACCAGGAGGGAGGAGCGUAAGCGCGGUGUCCCCUGGACCGAGGAGGAACACCGGUUGUUCUUGGAAGGACUGAGCAAGUACGGAAAGGGAGACUGGAGGAACAUCUCGAGGUGGGCGGUGAAGACGAGGACGCCGACGCAGGUCGCCAGCCACGCGCAGAAGUUCUUCAUCCGGCAGAGCCAGAACGCGGGCAAGAGCCGGGAGACCAAAAGGAAGAGCAUCCAUGACAUCACCUGUCCUUCUCCAAGUAGCAGCAUGUCUUGCCUGAAAUAGAAGUAGAUUGUACAGGCUUCUUCUUCAUCGUGUAUGAAUGACGGACAGUA